AUGGAAAAAGGGUGGUUCAAUUCAAUGUUGGCCAAAGACGAGUUAGACUACGGGUGUAGGCUAAGUAAAUCAAUGGAUAGUCUUGGUCCUAUUGAAAAUACCGGUGUAAGUGAAGACCCGAUUCUAAAUGAUAUAGAUAAAAACACUCUUAGUCGGAGCAAUAGUGACAAUUCUAGUUACAGUAAUGUUGAUCAUUUAGUCGGCGUUAUAGACAUUCAGAGUUUCCUCUCUGAUGAUACUUUUUUAGUUAGGGAUAAUGAUAGGGAUAGUUAUUUUAUAUAUUUGGAUAUUGAAAAUAAGAUUUUUGAGAUUGACAAUGAUCAUUCUUUUCUAAGUGAACUAGAAAGUUCUUUUUCUAAUUAUAAGAAUUUUAGUUAUCUGAAUAAUGUAUCUAAUAGUGACGAUCCUCACGAUGAUCCUUACAUGUAUAAUACUAAAUAUAGUUGGAAUAACCACAUUAAUAGUUGUAUUGACAGUUAUUUUCUUUCUCAAAUUUGUAUUGAUAGUUACAUUUUAAGUGGUAUUGUCAAUUAUAGUGACAGUUACAUUUAUAGUUACAUUUUUGAUGAAAGCAGAACUAGUAGUGAAAACCAGAGUUCAAGUAUAAAACCGAGCCUGGAUGAUAGUGAUUUAACUAUAACAGAAACAGAAAGAUCUAAUGAUCUAGAUGUGACUCCAAAAUACAAGCAUUUGUGGGUUCAAUGCGAAAAUUGUUAUGGAUUAAAUUAUAAGAAAUUUUUUAAAUCAAAAAUGAAUAUUUGCGAACACUGUGGACAUCAUUUGAAAAUGAAUAGUUCAGAUAGAAUCGAACUUUCGAUUGAUCCAGGUACUUGGGUUCCGAUGGAUGAAGACAUGGUCUCUCUGGAUCCCAUUGAAUUUAAUUUAGAAGAGGAACCCUACAAAGAUCGUAUUGAUUCUUAUCAAAGAAAGACAGGAUUAACUGAGGCUGUUCAAACGGGCACAGGUCAACUAAACGGUAUUCCCGUAGCAAUUGGGAUUAUGGAUUUUCAGUUUAUGGGUGGUAGUAUGGGAUCGGUAGUUGGCGAGAAAAUCACCCGUUUGAUCGAAUAUGCUACCAAUCAAUUUUUACCUCUUAUUUUAGUGUGUGCUUCUGGAGGAGCACGCAUGCAAGAAGGAAGUUUGAGCUUGAUGCAAAUGGCUAAAAUAUCUUCCGCUUUAUAUGAUUAUCAAUCAAAUAAAAAGUUAUUCUAUGUAUCAAUCCUUACAUCUCCUACUACUGGUGGGGUGACAGCUAGUUUUGGUAUGUUGGGGGAUAUCAUUAUUGCUGAACCCAAUGCCUACAUUGCCUUUGCGGGUAAAAGAGUAAUUGAACAAACAUUGAAUAAAACAGUACCUGAGGGCUCACAAGCGGCUGAAUAUUUAUUCCAUAAGGGCCUAUUUGAUCCAAUCGUACCGCGUAAUCUUUUAAAAGGCGUUCUGAGUGAGUUAUUUCAGCUUCAUGCGUUCUUUCCUCUGAAUCAAAAUUCAAUCAAGUAG